GAGGUAGGAGAGUCCCUGCUGAAUGGGUCCAACACCGCCCUGAGAUGUAAUCCUAAAUUCAUAGUACAUAGAUCUUCAAUCACACCUGAAGUGAGCAACAGAUGAGAUGGAAGCAUUUCCGCGUUCUCUGACCUCCUAUACCAUGGCUCCCCUUGACCAGACGUACACUUGGGAGCAGCUUUGGGAGCUGGAACAACAUUUCAAGAUGGAACCAUACCCGGACCUCCAGGAUCGAAAAGUCAUGGCCACCAGACUCAAACUGAAGGAGGAACAGGUUGAGGCUUGGUUCAUCCAGCGAUCCUUGGAGCAGGAGACGCGCCCCCGCAGGCUGCAGCAGUCUGCCCGGGAUGAUAACUCUUCUGCUACCCACAAAGCCCUCCGCUGCCAGCCGACAAGCUGGAAGUACAGGCUCGUUCCCAUCAACGCCCCGGAGUCCUCAACCAGCUGCAGGCACAGCUGCUGAUCCUCCUUCCCCAGGGGGCCACUUCAACAUGUAGCACAAAAACCUCCCUCACGACACCCCUCCUUUCCAGACUCCUAGCUGCACCAGACACGACAAAUGGUGGAUGCAUUCCAGAAACCUCAGGGUCGGUGUCUGAAUACCUGGGUGCCCUGACAGAUGGCAUUGGUCAGAAAUGGUGACCAAUCUCUGAGGGAAGCCUGUGGUUCCUUCUUCUAACAGCCUCUCCUCAAAGGUGAGCUAUCAACUCAAUUACGUAGGACAGUAUGACACCGAUGUCUUGCCUCCUUUCCCAUGGCCUGAUUACAGACUAAUAUAUACUGCCAGAACCACCAUUUUCCAUGAGAUUAACUAGUUAGUUAACACAGCUAGCUCUUUUUUUCCUCUGUGACCUUGAUCAAUCAAUCAGGCCAAUAAGUGUGUGUGUGUGUGUGUGUGUGUGUGUGUGUGUGUGUGUGUGUGUGUGUGUGUUUUAUUGGGGCUUCUGAGGCACCUGCUUGGGGAUUUAGAUCUGGGAGUGGGUCACUGGUAAAAUGAAACUAUUGAUUAAUAAAAAUUGA